CUUGGUACCUGUGUCGUUCGUGUGACGACAGAGUGAAGACGACUGUGUGGUGAUGUUCUUUCUUAUGACUCUAUCAUGAGAGAAGUUUUUUGAUGAUGUAGUUUUUGUUUGAGAAAAAUGUUGAGAGAGUGAGAGAGUAGACCUCGUAGAAGAAACAGCAACAAAGGAAAAAUCUGCCUGAGCGAGUAUCUGUCAGUUCGAGAUACGAGAGUGAUUGAUUUUCCUUGCUUAAAAGGUUUUGUGCCUUCGAGAAUGGUUUUAUUUUUUCCUCUGCCUUAUCAAAUCUCAAUCGGCCACCUUCUUUGAGACCAAGUUACAGGGGUGAUCUUUUCUGGAAGGAAGAUGAAAUGAUUAUUUCUAUUUGUGACACCAGGAAAUUGUCUUGUUUUAGAGCGAUGAGAAGCAAAGGCCAACACACAUAUUAAAGAUGAUUGAGGUAUCACCACUGAGAUGAGACUCAAGAGCGAAAUCUUCAUGAAACCUCUUUACCCCUUUCUAAUCCCUGAAAUUAAUAACACAGACGCGAUGUGGGCCUAAAUCCUAGAGUUUAUGUUGUACCCACCGCACCGCUUAGAAGCUAUUUUUACUAUUUGUGUAAUUUUUUUUAUCGAAGUACUUGAUCUUUUUCUUUCGAGUAUUUGUUUUCUCUACAGAAGUCGUGGUAUUCUAUAAUCAGGGCUGUGAGAUACGUACAUUAUUGACGUUUUUAUUUCGCUAUGUUGCCUAGUUGCUAAUCUUAUUUGGUUGGUACAUCUACCUCGUAUUCGUUCUAAUACAUAGCACUAUUGAUUCAAGUCUCCUGGUUGUGGCAGAAGCACAAGCAAAGUUUCGUCAUUUUUGUAUUGGGUUUGGUUUUUGAUCGUGUGAAUGACAUCAUCUUCAGAAACUACAACAGAAAUCGAUCAUAUUAAGUUCUAGUCGUGCUCUCGCUGCUGAUUAUACGCGCAACUGAAUCUGAUUCUAAAAGUCUACUCGGUACGUAGAACGAAAUCAGUACUAGCUUUUUCUGAUCUGCAUCACCAUCGGGGUCGUUUGGUACAUCGAUUUCCGAAGAAUCUGAAUCUUGAAGAGACAGCACGACACAAAAUAAUGUCGCUUUAAUAUGUUCUUGUAGAGACAGCUGCAGUUGUCCAUUACGUCGCACAGGAGUUUCUAAUCCAAUCGACGCACGAUCAGAACCUCGUACACGAAAUCUUCGUAGUCGUGUUUGUUUGACGAUUGGAUCAAUCUCUAUCGUCUUGUGUGGUACUCAUCGAUUUUUGUUGCUUAGCUUUCUUCGUAUGAUUCAACUCGGGUAAAAAAACUCGCAGCUACGACACAGCGACAAUUUUUGUAUCUUUCGCGUGUAAGUGUUGUAUUGAAAAGAUAGUCUGCUCCUUUCUGUAAAUCAUGGUUUUUCUCAUGAUAUCGAUUUGUUCUGUUACGUGUCCUCUUGAAAUAUACUUGUCUGGUUAAUGAUAUUUUCUGAAGUGGGUAUCCCCGGUUCUUCCAAAAAUCAUAAUAGUUGUGUCUUCGUCCGUUUAUUGAUCCCUCGUAUACGUAUUAAAAAAGAUUUACCUACAAAACGACGACGACCUGUAUGUAAGAUCUUCCUGCAGUGAGGACCUAUACAUUUACACAUACGACUUCCACCUUGAUAAAGAUCGAAAAAAACCAUGUCGGGUGGCGGCGAAAUAACGUCCGACGAUGUGGACCAGUACACACAACAGUUGCUGGAGGCUAGAGGAGCAAAGCCAGGCAAGCUGAUACAGUUGAUGGAGGCAGAAGUGAGAAAACUUAUGAAUGGAUUUGAGAUCUGAGAGAACGAAAGCCCUGCUAUUUUAUCAUCGCGGUUCUGGUCGAUUAAUAUUUGGAAACUUAACUCACUAACUAAAGAAGAGUAAAACACACAAGGACAAAGCUUAACUUUCCUGAGUCUGCUAAAGUUUACUAAGUUACCUCAAGUAGAUCAAAACAGUUAUUUGGCCGAUAUCUUCUUGCUCUUUUAAAGUAGAACGAGCCCUAUGUUGCGAAUGUGAUCGUCCGUCUUCCCUCAGCACUUCUCCCGGUCCCAUCGGCACUUGUCCCACCUCUAAUCCCCUCUGCAACGCGACACGGAUGAUUGUGCUGUCACAGCCAGCCCUUCUCGAACUAGAGGCGCCACUGAAAAUUUGCGGUGACAUCCAUGGACAAUACCACGACCUGUUGAGACUUUUUGAGUAUGGAGGGUUUCCACCAGAAAGCAAUUACCUGUUCCUAGGUGACUACGUAGAUCGCGGCAAGCAGAGUCUCGAAACGAUUUGCUUGUUGAUGUGCUAUAAGGUACCGUUAUUUUCGAUUAGGAUUAUCCAGAUCUCGAUGAACUUAUGAUCGUGAUGAGCUUCAGGCGACUUAGGAACUUCACGAGUUCGAAUGGGAAACAAAGUGCUGUUUAUGAGUAGACCUUCCGCAGGUUCCUCCCUACAGAAUGCUUGCGUGCGUGGAAGCCGGCGCACGUCCAUGCACUGUAACAUGAACAUGCUAUCUACAAAGGAGCGAAAGAAACUUUCAUCACAAGCCGUGUCUUCACCUCUGAAAGACACCACCUCACCUCAGGUCAAGUACCCGGAGAACUUUUUUCUCCUCCGAGGAAACCACGAGUGCGCCAGUAUUACCAGAAUUUACGGCUUCUAUGACGAAUGCAAGCGAAGAUAUAACAUCAAGCUCUGGAAGACCUUCUGCGAUAGCUUUAACUGCUUCCCAGUAGCCGCAGUAGUAGACGAGAAGGUAUAUGAUUAUAUAUCUUUAUCUUAUUUGUCUUAUUUGCGUGUCUGAUGUGAAUAUGAUCAAGAUAAUCAUCAUACAUCGUCUCAAGCACAAUCUCAUCUCGUUGUACUGCUGUAAAGAAAAAGAUCAAUACAACCCCUCCGCAUAGAUUCUUUGUAUGCACGGUGGUUUGUCCCCCGAAAUUACGAGCAUGGAUCAGAUAAAGAGAAUAGUUCGACCAACUGACGUGCCGGAUACGGGGUUAUUGUGCGACUUGUUGUUAAGGCUUCCGGGAAAGGGAAUACAUCCAUCGUAAAAAUAAUGCAUCUUGAGGCACCACGACCGGACCCCUCUGCCUCUUCUAAGGGUGGAAAAAGAGAGGACUCAAGAUUUUAUGACUUUCAAGAUGUAUUCCAGGAAUCUCUAAUGUUGUGGGCGGAUCCAGAGAAGGAUAUCACUGGAUGGGCAGAAAAUGAUAGAGGAGUUAGCUUUGUCUUCGGACCAGACGUAGUGCAAUCAUUUUUGAGAAAACACGAUAUGGACCUAAUCUGCCGAGCACAUCAAGUCGUGGAGGACGGGUGCGUUAUUUUGAAUGCGUUUAUAAACUUUGCUCUCUUGUACUUAGUUGUUACGACUGGAAGGAGGAGUACAUCCUUGAAUAGGCUUCACCUCUCUGCAUACUUAACAGCACUGGAGGGUACUCUCUCACUCUCUCUCUCUUACACGACGAGGACACAAGAACCUACUUCUUAUCGCACUGUACCAAUCUACAUCUAUCAUAUCCAACUACCAGAUACGAAUUUUUCGCAAAGCGGCAGUUGAUUACGUUGUUUUCGGCUCCGAACUAUUGCGGUGAGUUCGACAAUGCUGGUGCGAUGAUGACCGUAGACGAGACAUUAAUGUGCUCGUUUAAAGUCUUGAAGCCGGUGAAGAACGCAAAGAAACCCUAGUUAGGUCUUCUACUUCAUCGAAGUAGUGAAAUUAUAAAUUUAGGGGGAAAGGGAAACUACUUAUAUCUAUAUGAUAGUACUAACAUAGUUUUAGACUUAGUGGAAGUAGGAGGUUCAACAAAGUGGUAGCGUUCAAGUUUGUAUUCUCGUACUCGAAUGGAAUAAUGGUAGCGAUACACCUCGUCUUUCAAGCUUUCUUACUAGAUCAACAUCAACAUCUUCAAGUUGGUUCUCAUCAAGUUCAAGAGUUAACUAAUAUUAUCUUCAAAGAGUGGAUUCCUACUUAUUCAAUUUUCGUUCUCAACAUCAUCUAGUUCUAGAUCUAUUUGCGUUACCGGGUUUACUCUUCUAUGUUCAACAGGAUCAAUUAUGCGAUUAUUCAGUUCAACACCUUAUCAUGAAUCAACAACAAAUAUAGUCGUCGUCCAGAUGAAUCAGAUGGGCGCUUAAAAAUGUAUUUGUAUUAUACAACAGAAGUCUGCUGAUCAACAAGAUCAACCUUUCGUGAUCAAUCGUGGUAGUGUCGCAGUUGUUGUAGUUGUUUAGAGAAGAAGUUCCGCCUCUGAUUAUUUCUACCGGGUUGACAAGAGAUAACUUCCUCCACGUGGGUCUACAAGCAGCGUAACUGUGCUGGUCGGUAUUGUGUGCGCGCUGUCACCACGUCAUGACCACAUGAAUCACAGCGCACAGAGAGACUGUUGCAAUGAAUAUGGACUAGCUAAAAAUAUUUUUUUACUUAUAAUAGAAAUACUCAGUCUAUUUUAGCUCACCUUCGCGCCUGGUGUGACUGUGAUCUGUCAUAAGGUAAAAAAUACUUGUAAUAACCCAGACUGAGAAGUUAGUACCAGCCAGCUGCAUUAAGUAAGAUGAGACUGAGAUGAGAAAAAUGAAUUUUUCGAUGUAGUACGUGGUGACGGUUUUGGUUAUUACAUAGUUAGUCUCUCUGGUUAUUUUUCGGUCGCUAUUCAGAAGAUACGCCCUCACGCUGCAUACACCCAGCAGCAAGAAGUGUCCAAAAAAUCAACCCGAUAAGAUCGCAGGAAGUUAUGGUUGCGCUGUCGAGAAUAAGGAUAUUUCUCCAGGCAGCUUGCCAUUGCCUCGCCUUCGCUUGGGGCUGUAUUAUUGGCAAUUGAUUGGCGGGGCUGUCCAUAGAAGUACAUGGGUAAUAUUAUGAUUUUGAUUAUACCCAACUGACUCAGACUGAGACUCUCCACCCUAGAAAUCUGGUGAGAUGAUUUCAGAGUCAAAAGCUUCAACAACAUGUAGUUAGUAUUAGUUUAUUAGCUCCUGCUAAAUUUCGACGGUUCUCUUCUUGUUCGCCUACAACAUCUUCAUGACUUUUUUUCGCACACUCGCACGCUCGUUGAAAUUUUUGAUCUUCACCUCGAUUAGUUGAUGAUUCUGGUAGUACAACGUUCAUCAUCUUUAAGAUUAAGAUACAUCGUUCUCCAUAUGAAAUCCAGACGCAGACCCCGUUAUGAUCACUAUUUAUCGUGUUCGUUCGUCCUACCUUUUCGCUCAAUUAAAGUGACAUUGAUCAUUGCAGCAGGAUACGCACGACAUUGAAUUGUGGUGCCAGGAUGAGAUACGAUAAAAAAUCGUGUGUGUGUCGUGUGUGAAGAUCAACAUUGCAACUUCAACCACUAAGGAUCACUUACAGAAUUUCGCAAUCUAUUGUCGUUGUAAUGUUGUAUAAAAGGUUGCAAUUAUACAACAAGUACUAGCGGGUGGUACUUCAACUUCUAGAUGAUUAAUUGCAAUAAUUCUUGAUGUAGUCUCGUCCAAAAAUGCUCCGGGGAACGCAAUCCUUUAUUUUUUCUCUCAUCUCAUGUUUAUGUUAUUUGGCAACAAUAUCAUUAUCAUUAUAAUUGGUACUAGAAGCUCUCUCGUCUCAACAUCAAGAAGUUCAAUAGAAGAAGUAGAUCUAGAUGAUUUCCAUUGUUGAUGCACCUAUAGGUAUUUACUACAUUGUUAUUGAUGUCUGAGUGUCUAAAAGCAAGAGGUAGGAGGAGCCUACUGGUAGAACAGUACUACUACACAACAAAAGGAGCAGAUCAACGAGCCUACUGGUAGAACAGAACAACUACACAACAAGAACAAAAGGAGCAGAUCAUCUUCGUUGAAGGAUUCUCAAAAGGUGAUCGUUGCUUCCUCUUGCUCCUUCAUCUUCACAUGAUUUCAAUUUCGUUCGUAACUACCCAGAAGAUCUUCUACACAUUAUCGACCAGGGAUUGUAUCUUUUCGCAUAUAAAAAACUUCGGGUUAUUAGCUAGCAGCCAUAAGAACUGACUUGUGUUUGAAAUAUUGAUAUCUACUUCAUUAUAAAUCAAUAAUGCUAACAAGAAUAUCGUCCUUGCUAUUAUGCUAACCACAGUACUACAACUACAUAGGAUUAGGAAGGAUUAUGACGAAGGACAGACAUUCACAUUCUCUCUUGAUGAUAUCAGUCGAUCCUUCUACCACCUGCAAUUAUGCAUCAACGUCUCUGGAAAAAA